AUGAAGAUUCUACAUACUAUCCAGGAAGUCGUUCAAUGGAGAACAACCACGAUCGAUCGUCGUGGUAAGACAAUUGGGUUUGUCCCCACUAUGGGCUGUCUACAUAAUGGUCACGCCACUUUGAUUAAACAAUCUGUGAAUAACAACGAUUUUACAGCGGUGAGUAUAUUUGUGAAUCCAUCGCAGUUUGCCCCAGACGAGGAUCUGGAUCAAUACCCUCGUACUCCCGACAAAGAUAUCGAAUUGCUAGAGUCCCUGAACGUUGAUGUUCUUUUUGCCCCCUCUGCCAAGGAAAUGUAUCCACAAGGUAUCCCGCUAGAUAUCGACCAACAAAGAGGCCCAUUUGUCAGUGUUCUCGGUGUCAGCGAGAUGUUGGAAGGGAAAACUAGACCAAACUUCUUUAGAGGCGUUACUACCGUAGUGACUAAAUUGUUCAACAUUGUCAUGGCCGAUAAUGCAUAUUUUGGACAAAAAGAUAUUCAACAAUAUAUUGUAUUAAACGUUAUGGUCAAAGAAUUAUUCGUUAAUACCAAAUUGACUAUGGUCCCCAUUGUAAGAAAUGACUCAGGCUUGGCCUUAAGCAGUAGAAAUAAAUAUUUAUCUGCUGAAUAUGUCACUAUGGCGUCAAACAUAUACAGAGGUCUUUCAUUAGCACAGACCACUAUAACUGAUAUCAUCGCGACGGGCUCGUCCGUCAACAGAGACGCCCUGUUGCAACAGAUUAAGACAGUAUGGGAGCCUUACACCGCAACAGGUGACUUUAAGAUUGACUAUAUAUCCAUUGCAGACUUCUAUACUUUGAAUGAAUUAGAUACCGUUGGACCGAACGACAAGAUCGUCAUUAGUUGCGCUGUUAACGUCCUCGAUAAGAUUAGUAAAAAUACUGUCAGAUUGAUAGAUAAUAUCGUAAUGUAA